GGAGCGCGGGCGGGCGGCGCGGCGUCCUUAUCAAUGGGCUGGGCGGCUUAGCGUGCUGCCACCUCUUCCGAGGAGAAGCAGUCCCGGGGCUCGCCGCGGCUUAGGUGGCCCUGCCAUGGCUCCUCCGGCCGCGGCUGCCGGCCGGGGCGCGGGACCCUGCGGAGGGCGCUGAGCCCCCGUGCCGGGGGUGCGCACAGGUGCGCGGCCGUCGAGGCGCCUACGGGGAGAGCGCGGGGCACCAUGCGUCCCCGCCCGCUGCUGUUGCCGUUGCUGCUGCUGCUCGCCGGCGCUGCGCACACCGUGGGCGCCCUCCCCCGACUGUGUGAUGUGCUCCAGGUGCUUCGGGAGGAACGGGACCAGUGCCUGCAGGAGCUCUCCAAAGAGAAGCCGGGAGACCCGGGUGUGGAGCAGCCGGCCCCAGGUUGCGAGGGGCUGUGGGACAACAUGAGCUGCUGGCCCUCCUCUGCCCUGGGACAGACUGUGGAAGUGGGGUGCCCACAAUUCCUCCGGAUGCUCACAGGCAGAAACGGCUCCGUGUUUCGAAACUGCACAGAGGACGGCUGGUCAGAAGCCUUCCCUAGGCCUGACCUGGCCUGUGGGGUUAAUGUGAACGACUCAUCCAACGAGAAGCGGCACGAGUACCUGCUGAAGCUGAAGGUCAUGUACACCGUGGGCUAUAGCUCCUCCCUGGUGAUGCUCCUGGUUGCCCUCAGCGUCCUCUGUGCUUUCCGGAGGCUCCACUGCACCCGCAACUACAUCCACAUGCACCUGUUUGUGUCCUUCAUCCUGCGUGCCCUGUCCAACUUCAUCAAGGACGCGGUCCUCUUCUCUUCGGACGAUGUCGCUCACUGUGAUGCCCACAGGGUGGGCUGUAAGCUGGUCAUGGCUUUCUUCCAGUACUGCAUCAUGGCCAACUAUGCCUGGCUGCUGGUGGAAGGCCUCUACCUUCACACGCUCCUCGUCAUCUCCUUCUUCUCAGAAAAGAAGUGCCUCCAGGGAUUUGUUGCCCUCGGAUGGGGUUCCCCAGCUGUUUUUGUUGCUUCGUGGGCCAUCAGCAGGCACUUUCUGGAAGAUGUUGGGUGCUGGGACAUCAACGCCAACGCGUCCAUCUGGUGGGUCAUUCGAGGGCCUGUGAUCCUCUCCAUCCUGAUUAAUUUCAUCCUUUUUAUAAACAUCCUAAGAAUCCUGAUGAGAAAACUGAGAACCCAAGAGACAAGAGGAAAUGAAGCGAACCAUUAUAAGCGCCUGGCCAAGUCUACCCUCCUGCUGAUCCCCCUCUUCGGAGUCCACUACAUCAUCUUCGCCUUCUCCCCAGAAGAUGCCAUGGAGGUCCAGCUGUUCUUUGAAUUGGCCCUUGGCUCGUUCCAGGGCCUGGUGGUGGCCGUCCUGUACUGCUUCCUCAAUGGGGAGGUGCAGCUGGAGGUUCAGAAGAAGUGGCGGCAGUGGCACGUCCGUGAGUUUCUACUGCGCCCCGUGGCCCUCAACUCCACCUUCAGCAAUGGCACCAGCGGCCUCACCCACAGCACCAAGGCCAGCACCUCAGAGCAGAGCGGGGGCACCUGCAGGGCCAGUGUCAUCUGAGAGGCUGCAGCAGGGCCACGCACGGGACAGAGACCAAGAUGGGUCACGAGAAGCCUAGACAUUGCUGCAGGACAGUCCGUAUCGGUCUUCUCAGCAGACAUCAUAGGCUUUUCUCCUGUGACCAAGAACUCCCCUCCUCUGGGCCUCGGGUUGGGGAGGGGGCUGUGGUGAGAAUUCCUCAGAACUGAUCAAAGCACAGGCACCGUGGGGCAGGACGAGGGCCUGGGAUUUGGGUCUGUUGUGUUAUGCGAAGGGCAGUUCAAGGGUUCCAGAAGGCAGGGAAAUAAAUGGUAGCUGGGA